GUGGGUGUUGUAAAGACUGUUUUCGAUGUGUGUAUGAAGAAUGGGGACCGCUCAUCUUGACACGACUGGAUAUCCGUCUCACUUCACCUAUAGCUCCAUGUUCUGAGGCAUCAUGAGGACGCUGGACGUAAGAGCCCGUGUACUUGUCUCUGGACAUUGGCGUGCCAGGACCCGGCGUUUGCACCCGGGGACGAAGACGCAAGAACCGGGUGGGUGGACGACGAGGGAGCUGAUUCGGAUCUUGAGAGUGGGGGGGUUGAAUGUCGAGGGCGCGGAUGGGGAGGGCUGCGCCGGCGGUUUUUGAUAGUUUGAGCUCGAUGGUGAAGAAGGGGAUGGGGGAGAUGGGCAGUGAUGGUAAUGUAAGGUGGGAUGGAAGAAGUUGUGAUUGUGUUGAUGGAUUGGGCUGAGGAGAUGUUUAUGGCUGAGUGAAGUUGUGGCUUUUUGUGUUUUGCUUGCUGAGGACAAUAAAGAUGUUGAUAAGAUGAAUUGUAGAACAUAUCGAAAUACUAUGCAUGUGUAUGUAUAAAUAUAUGGUAUGUGUUUAGGAGGAGAAGCAAGUUGAUAUGGGAGGCUUUGAUACAGUGAACCGAGACUUGAAGCUAAUUUUCUGUGAUUUAGAUUCGCUAUGCCAUUUUCAUUUCUUAAUCAACAAUCUGAAUAGCAAACAUGCCAUUUUCUUUAAAUAGAAUCCGACUUUACUAAAUCCCAUAGAUCAACCGGAGAAUAAGUCAAUGACAUGAUGUUAAUCUCUUCCAACUACCACCCAUUGCUCGUAUGCCUCCAGUCGCCGCUAAACAUUGAAAAGCACGCAUUGACCAAUGUCAGUUGAAUUGUCUCCUUUUUUUUUUCUUGUUUGGCCCAGAACCUCCAACUAAAAGGAUAGUUUAAUGACGCUUGUUUAGUUCUCGUUUGCUAGUAGCUCAUGUUUUUUUUUUUUCCAUUUUUUCUUGUACGCUUCGAACUUCUAGCGAGC